CCGGGAUGUAGCAAUACAACAAGUGCCUAGCUUCUGCUCUUAUCUUUUCGUCUGUGAAGGCUCACAGCAGAAGCGGCCGCCGCGUAGUGUCUCGGGGAGAGACUCAACGAACUGGGCCGAAACUGGUCCAGAAGAGGCAAGUUUGCAAAUAAGAGAUCGUGCGUCUUUCUAAUGUUGCAACAUUACCGAGGCUGAUGAGCUCCAGAAAGGAGUGCGCAAUGGUGGCGCUGGCAAGCGCCGGAGGAAGUCGCGCUGUUUUCGUUGCCACGAUCAGCUCUGCAGCGUGAGACCGAAGAAGGGCUCCUUUCCCUCCCACCCGAUUUCCAGGUAGGCAGAACCUUGCAGAAAUACCCGACAGCCGAGGAAAACAGGUCGGGAGGCAAUGGCAGCAUCUGCGUGAAAGCCCAUCCCAGGGAGAGUCGAAGGCCGGGAGAGACGCCGCUGCAGAGACCCGUCGGCAUGAGCGACAGCAGCGAAGGAGAUAUCAUUAGCUUCUCCGUGCCGAGCAUGACUGGAGGGGGUUGCCCGCUGCUGUACGAAGAGGGGCUCAGCAGGAGAGCGCCGGCGGCCGGCGAGGAGAUGGCCCGCGGUUUCUCGGCGGGUCCGGGCGCCCCACCGGCCGGCACGUUUUGGAACGAGGAUAGUAGCUCCUCCUGUCCGGCCACAGACUCAGCAAAUCGGGCCAAAAGCGGCGGGGGCAGCAGUAGCAGCCGGAGGACCACGGUAUCGUACGUGAUCAACGAGGCGAGCCCGGGUCUGCUGCAGGCGGCGGAGAGCGGGGCCCUGCAGAGCCUGAAGGAAGCGUGCGAGGCGGUUGGCGCCGACCUGCAAACCCUGCACUUCGGCAAGCUCGACUUCGGAGAGACGUCCGUGCUCGACCGCUUCUACAACGCGGAUAUUGCCGUGGUGGAGAUGAGUGAUGCUUUCCGUCAGCCCUCCCUUUUCUAUCAUCUGGGAGUCCGAGAGAGCUUUAGCAUGGCCAACAACAUUAUCCUCUACUGUGAUACAAACACAGACUCUCUGCAGUCACUGAAGGAAAUUAUUUGCCAGAAGAAUAAUAUGUGCACUGGCAAUUACAUAUUUGUUCCAUAUAUGAUAACUCCUCAUAAUAAAGUCUAUUGCUGUGACAGCAGUUUCAUGAAGGGAUUGACUGAAUUGAUGCAACCCAAUUUUGAACUGUUGCUGGGGCCAAUAUGCUUACCCUUGGUUGACCGUUUUAUUCAGCUCUUGAAGAUGGCACAGGGAAGCUCAAGCCAAUACUUCAGGGAAUCAAUUCUUAAUGAUAUCAGAAAAGCUCGUAACUUGUACAUCGGGAAAGAAUUAGCUGCAGAAUUGGCAAGGAUAAGACAGCGGGUGGAUAAUAUUGAGCUUUUGUCUGCCGACAUUGUGAUAAACUUGCUGUUAUCUUACAGGGAUAUUCAGGAUUAUGAUUCUAUUGUGAAAUUGGUAGAGGCAUUAGAAAAACUUCCAACCUUUGACUUGGCUUUGCAUCAUCAUGUGAAGUUUCAUUAUGCAUUUGCACUGAAUAGACGAAAUCUACCUGGUGACAGGCAGAAAGCUCUAGAUAUCAUGAUACCUCUAGUGGAACAAGAGAACCAAGUUGCUUCUGAUAUGUACUGCCUUGUGGGACGAAUCUACAAAGAUAUAUUCUUGGAUUCCGGGUUUACAGACACUGAAAGUCGAGACCAAGGAGCUUUGUGGUUCAAGAAGGCAUUUGAGUCAGAACCAUCAUUGCAGUCAGGAAUUAAUUAUGCAGUCCUCCUCUUGGCUGCUGGGCAUCAGUUUGAUACCUCUUUUGAGCUACGGAAAGUUGGAGUUAAAAUAAGCAGCCUGCUUGGGAAGAAGGGAAACUUGGAGAAAUUGCAAAGCUACUGGGAAGUAGGCUUUUUUCUGGGAGCCAGUGUCUUAGCAAAUGAUCACACAAGAGUGAUCAAUGCCUCAGAAAAGCUUUUUAAAUUGAAGACACCAGCAUGGUAUCUCAAGUCCAUCGUGGAGACCAUUUUGAUAUAUCAGCACUUUAAGAAACUGAAUCCAGAUCAACAAGUAGGCAAACACGAACUUGUAGACUUUUGGAUGGACUUUCUAGUUGAGGCUACCAAGACAGAAGUCUCUGUCGUUAGAUUUCCUGUUUUGAUACUAGAACCUACAAAAAUCUACCAACCUUCAUACUUGUCCAUCAAUAGUGAGGCUGAAGAGAAGACUGUCUCUAUUUGGCAUGUUAUGCCUGAUGAUAAGCAAGCCGACAAAGAAGGUCGCAAAUGUCUAUCAUGUGACUGCGGGGAUGCUGCAACCAAUAAAGGUAUUCAUGAAUGGAACUUCACUGCUGAGUCUAUAAGAGGAGUAAGCAUUUCAAAAUUUGAAGAACGAUGCUGUUUCCUAUAUGUACUACACAAUUCAGAUGACUUCCAAAUCUAUUUUUGUACAGAACAUCACUGUAAAAAAUUUUUUGAAAUGGUUAAUAGCAUCACUGAAGAAAUAGGAAAAAGCACAGAGGAAGGCGAAUGUGAUGGAGAUUCUCUGGAGUAUGACUAUGAAUAUGAUGAAAACGGUGAACGAGUCAUUCUGGGGAAAGGCACUUAUGGCAUAGUUUAUGCAGGACGAGAUCUGAGCAAUCAAGUCAGAAUUGCCAUUAAAGAAAUCCCAGAAAGAGAUAGCAGGUAUUCCCAGCCUUUACAUGAAGAAAUAGCUUUACACAAACACCUCAAACACAAGAACAUUGUUCAGUAUCUUGGCUCAUUUAGUGAAGAUGGAUUUAUUAAAAUAUUCAUGGAACAGGUACCAGGAGGCAGCCUUUCUGCUCUUCUGAGAUCAAAAUGGGGACCAUUGAAGGAUAAUGAACAGACAAUUGGUUUUUACACCAAACAGAUUCUUGAAGGAUUAAAAUACCUCCACGAUAAUCAAAUUGUGCAUAGAGAUAUAAAGGGUGAUAAUGUUCUUAUCAACACAUACAGUGGAGUGUUAAAGAUUUCAGAUUUUGGCACAUCGAAGCGGCUUGCUGGAAUCAAUCCUUGCACUGAGACUUUCACAGGUACUCUUCAGUAUAUGGCACCGGAAAUAAUUGAUAAAGGACCAAGAGGUUACGGAAAGGCUGCAGAUAUCUGGUCUUUAGGCUGUACAAUUAUUGAAAUGGCCACAGGAAAGCCUCCAUUUUAUGAACUAGGAGAACCACAAGCAGCCAUGUUCAAGGUUGGAAUGUUCAAAAUACAUCCCGAGAUUCCAGAAUCCAUGUCAGUGGAGGCAAAAGCUUUUCUGCUGAGGUGCUUUGAACCGGAUCCAGACAAGAGGACCUGUGCUAAUGAGCUUCUUGUAGAUGAGUUCUUAAAAGUCACCAGCAAAAAAAGAAAGUCGCAGUCAAAACUAACAGCUCUCACAGUUGGAUCAAAUGAAUAUCUUCGAAGCAUAUCUUUGCCUGUUCCUGUUCUUGUAGAAGACACAAGCAGUAGCAGUGAAUAUGGUUCAGUUUCACCUGACAAUGAGUUGAAACUCGACCCCUUUUCCUUUAAAAUGAGAGCCAAAUCCUGUGGUGAUAAGGAUGCAAAAGGACUUAGGUCUCUUUUUCUAAGCAUCCCGGAUGAGAAUUUUGAAGAUCACAGUGCUCCUCCCUCACCAGAUGAGAAGGAUUCUGGCUUUUUUAUGUUAAAAAAGGACAGUGAACGAAGAGCUACCCUUCACAGAAUCCUAACAGAGGACCAGGAUAAGGUAGUGAGAAAUCUGAUGGAAGCCUUAGCUCAGGGUCCUGAAGAGCCUAAGUUGAAAUGGGAACACAUUACAACUUUAGUUGCCAGCCUCAGAGAAUUUGUAAGAUCAACAGAUCGCAAAAUCAUUGCAAAUACACUUUCAAAGCUGAAACUGGAGCUGGACUUUGACAGUCAUGGCAUUAGCCAAGUUCAGUUUGUACUCUUUGGUUUCCAAGAUGCAGUGAAUAAAGUUCUAAGAACCCACAAUAUUAAACCACAUUGGAUGUUUGCACUGGACAGCAUAAUCCGCAAAGCUGUGCAGACUGCUAUUACUAUUUUGGUUCCUGAGUUCAGGACACACUUCAUGUUAGCAUCUGAGAGUGAUAAUGCAGAUCAGGAUGAGAUUGAAGCUGAAGAAGAACAUGCCCCAGACCCAGUAAUUCAGGGUCCUUGCCGUGCGUUGGACGAUGCAGUGGCUACCUCAGGAGUGAGCACCCUUAGUUCAACAGUAUCCCACGAUUCCCAGGCUGCCCAGAGGUCUCUCAAUGUUCAACUUGGGAGGUUGAAAUUGGAAACUAAUAGAUUACUAGAAGAGCUAGUGCAGAAGGAAAGAGAAUUUCAAGCCCUCCUGCAUCAUGCUAUAGAAGAAAAAGAACAGGAGAUCAGACAUCUAAAGCUUAAGACUCAACCAAUAGAUAUUCCUGGCUUGUCUGUCUCUCACUUUAGUAGACAGGACGGAGGAGUUGAGGAUCCAGAUCUAAUUAACUGGCUGAGAGUUCAUGGUGCUGACAAAGAAACUAUAAACAGGUUUCUAGCAGAAGAAUACACACUGAUGGACGUACUCUGCUAUGUUACCCGGGAUGAUCUAAAAUGCCUUAGACUCAGAGGUGGGAUUAUAUGCACGCUGUGGAAGGCUAUCUCUGACUUUCGAGAGAAGCACACUUGUCCCUGAGUACAGUAGAGGCAAUCUUCCAUCUCAACACAGAACAGGAUAUUUCCUGCAGGAUUUUUUUUUUCAAAGAGAUGCUGUUGCACUUUAAUCCAGUAUUUGUUUACUAUUGCUAAAGAACACUGCAGCUUUGUGGCUGCACCUAUUCCUACUCUUCUUGAAAAAUUGGUCUACAACAUUAAAUACUAUUUUAUCUUAAAUAUUUUCAAGAAUCUUCUCCUUUUCUAACAUUUAACAAAAUGCAUCCUAGCCAGACCUCAGCCACAUCGACACAACAUGGUUGACCAAGGCAACCUCUGAAUUGAUUGACAGACACCCCUACACCAAUUGUGCAUGAUCAUGAGCUACCUAGUCUAACCCUUCAUAGUCAAUGAGCUGUCAUGUCCUGCCUGUUUCCUCCUCCCAUCAAAAUCAAACAAAAAAGUGAGACAGCAAGAUGGGAGAAGAAAAGGAAAAAGACACAGAGCGACUAAAAUAGCUCUGAUUUGCAAGGCCUUCCUAGGAUUUUGUCUCUGUUGCAAAAAUAGGGAGAGAGAGUUAGUGCUCUAUUAACCUUAUCAAAUCUGUUUUCCCCAUCAUUCCACAAUUGACCCCAACCUUAGCUCCAUACAGUUCCCAAGAGUUAGUUGAUUAGAUUACAGUAUUCACAUGACACUUCAGUCUCCCUUCAUCCAGUUAAACGUGUUUUGCAUACAGGACUUUUGUAGCGUAUGGGACUGUACAUCACUGAAAGAAAAUCAAAUAUCAAAAUUAACUUUGCAGGUGUAUAUUAUAACCUGGGCCUGCGUUAGGGGUUGUGGCAUGGUGAUUUCUGGGACUUGGCCUCUUUUUCUUAACUUGGAAUAAGACACAUCAAUUCAUCUGUGGGUGGUUUUGGAUGCAACCCAAAGCACUCUUGUUAAAGGUGGAGUGAAAGGUUCAUGGUAUGGCAGACAGAGGCCCACAAGUAUUGCCUUUUGAGGACUACAUGUUUCGCUUAAGAUCCUUGGACGUUUUCCUAAACUGAGAUGGAAUCCAUAUUUGAAAUGAUAUGUAGAACAUAUUUGAUAGCUUUUCCUUCUAGUAUGCUGACCUUUAUACCACUUGCUACUUAACAGUCCUUUCUUAAAUGUUCACAUUGUUUUAUUUUUAGUAACUUAAAUCCCAGUCUACAGUGUAUUUGUGUUUGUUUAUGUAUUAUUGAACUGUACCAGUUACAUAUGCCUGAAUUACAUAUAGUACUGUUAGCUUGUUUUAAAGCUAUCCAUUGUGAUACACAUUUAAGAAAUAAAGAAUUAUACAAAA